CAGACACAUCAAUGCAUUCAAUGCACACAGGCGGGUAGAUAAGUAACCCUUAUACUCAACGCACUCUCACACGCAGUUUCAUGCAUUCACAUCACGGCGAGUAGUAGUGUGGGUGAGUGUCUCGUCUGAGCGCAUCGAUCACUUCAUGCCCUUGCGUCGAUAUUUGUGCCGGCAUUUGAAAAUGCGACACAUAAUUCCCCGACACGGACCUGCGGCGGACGUCGACGCCGCGCAUCGUUGGAGAUCCCUCAUCCUCGUCUGUCUCAUCUCCUGGGCUCUCGCUGUAGCCGAGCUGCACUCACACACAGCGCAGUGCCACACGGACCGACCGAGACACGGUGUGCAUGUACCCACCCGCGAGACGGUUGCCGUCUUUGAUGUGCGUGGCUGGGAUCUGCGCCGCCCCUGUGGUACCUCGUCGUCCUCGUCAACCGUCUCUUUGAGUGGAAUGGGCUGAGGGCCGUUUGGCGCCGACUGAGGCCGAUCAACCAGCUCUCGUGACCGCCUGGCCGCCUCCCUUGCAGAACCGGCAAACGCUGUCGCACGCCGCGAUGACGACGCAGAGUCGGCAGAGAAGUGCACACCAUGCUUGUGGCUUGGUUCCGUAGGCGACUCUGUGGCCGAUAUGCUCUCGGCCGACUCCAUGAUGGUCAUCUUCUUGGUGGCCCUGGCAACUUGUUCCGGCGUGAUAGUGACGGAUUGGUGCAUCGGCGGCCGCGUCUGCAUGGCGUCCUCCUCGUCGUCAGUGUCGUAGGUCAGCGGCUUGACGCGAGACGAUGGCUCCUGCGGAUGGGCUCUGCAGGCAGCACAGCCACAGUAAGUAAGUCGCCAAUAUCACAUUAAUUAGUGUGUGCUGAAUUGAAUUGGUCCGUGUGGUCUGCAUGUGACCUUCUUCUGAGUUCCAGGACGGUCUUGAGCGUGAAAUUGAAAUUGCUGGGCAGCGGCAAAACGACCGCCCCACCCUCCCUGAGGCACACACACACGCACAAAAGGAUACAGCCCAUGUCUAACACAGGUGCUGAUAUCCACCCAAGCCCACUCACUCUUUGAUUUGUAUUGCCCUUUCGAGCGUCUCUUUCUCCUUUUUCCACUGCUCAUAGUUGGCCUCGCCCUGCACCUGCAGCUCGCGAAGGGCGGGCAGCAGGGCUGCGAGACUGCGCCACUGCGGCAGGGCGACGUACUCGACGAAGCCGAUCUGCAUCUUGGUCCUGGCGAGCUCGUCCCUCGCGUCCAUGAAGGUGGUGAUGGGAAUGUUCUCGGCCCUCUCGCGGUCCACCUGGCCAUUGAAUUCCUCGACGAUGAGCCCCGCCCACUUCAUGUAGAAAGGUUCGGGCAUCACUGGGUUGUUGACGUCAGCUGAGUGGAGGAUGGACUCGACCAGCAGCAGACGAUCAGAGUUGUUCUGCACGCUGAUCGGGUCAUCUGCACACACACCCUGGGUCUUGUCUUGCCGUUGUGGUCUGUCUGGAGCACUGCUCACCUGACGAGGCCCUGUCUUUGAGUUUGGUGAGCUUCUUGAUGUGGUAGGCCAUGUCGGUUGCCAGCACGGCAGCUAUGAAGGUCUUACGGAAGUCCAACCUGCCCAAUUGGACAUGGAGACAUAAUCAAGGGCCUUCCCCAAUUUGGUGCUCGCUGUCAGAUCGGCCUGCCUCUGUUCCUCGGUCAGGCUGAUACGGAAAUCACACGUUGGAUUGGCUGUCAGCAGCCUGCGGCAAGGACAGUGAGCAUGGUGAUAAGUGGAUGGACGCGCGUUUAUGCCGUGUCGUGUGCCCCUACUUGAAUGUGUGGGCGCAAUGGUGGUUCUCCAGCACAGACUGGUCGUUGUACGUCAACGCCUGAAACAGUCGAUGCACACAAACAGGAUAUGUGUGUCUCUGUCUCUGCGUAUGUUGGCAGGCAGGCUGACCAGGUCGUCUUGUGCGGCGAUGAGAAAGGUGUUGUUGACGCCUCGGUGGUCAAUGUCGUGACACAAGGCUGCACACCAAAAGAGAGGGAUAUCCAGACAGGCACCAUGCCAUGGUUACCUGCGAUGAGGAGUGUGAACUGGUCCAGCUCAGUGAGGUGCUCCCGGCAACCAUACUUAUACAGGACCAGAAAGCACGACUGAAACACACGCAGAAAAAGUGACCAUAUCAGCCCCAGCUGCAUGUUUGUCACGUCUGUCUGUCCAGACCUGGAAGACGUGCACUGCAUGGUACAUGUUGUGGAAGGGGUUCGUCAGAUGAUACGAUGAGCUUAAUACAGACAGAGCGAGAGGGAAGCUUUGCACUCUUGUUCAUGGCUCUCCCUCUUCUUGUGCUCCCUUUCCCUGCUCACUCGACGCGGUGGAAGAAUUCCUUCAGGGAGACCGUCCGCAGCGAGAAAUAUGUCACAAGUCCAAGACGAACGAGGCCGUCCGCGAAAAACUGGGCCAUGGCCGACGUCGAGUAGUCCCAUAUGUCCAGACUCCAGCUCAUCCACGGCUGCAACCGACUGUUCAAUGCCUCAUCCUACAAACAUGCGCAAAACGGCACGCAGUGGGGUGAAAGCGACUGUAAAGGAAACCACCCGGGAUGUUUUCAUUCUCGACCUCUUCCUCCUCUUGUUCUUCAUAUUCCGCCUCCUCGGCGAACGCCUCCAGGCCGUCUCUCUUCUCGGCGCACGGCACGCUAAGGCCCCUUUCCCUGUCGACCACUCGAUCCGCCUUGUCGCGGGACCUCCUGUGGCCGACAACCCCGUCGCCAUCGGACAAUGCGGGUGACGCAGGCACCUUGACGGCGCCCACGUCAGUUGUCUGGAACCGGCGCGGACGCAUGGUGUUGCGGCGCUGGGUUGGCGGGGGAUGGUGGGACUUGCUGAAGACUGUGGUGGACCUCCGUGUGUCCCUGCUGCUCGCCAUUGGGGAGAGGAGGUUCUCGUCGAGGAGAGACACGCCAAGACGGCGGACCUGACCCCUGCGAACAAAUGUUGGGUCGGCGGAGUGGUAUGGGUGGGCAGAUAUCUGUGUGGUGGGAUGUUUGCGUACUUGUCAGGGGCGAUCCAUGAGAUGACGGAGUUAGGAUUGGCAGCAAUGAUGACCUCAAGUGUCAGUUUGGUCAACUUGCCGCCGAACUGGUCCGCCACCUCGUCUACCACCCUAGACACAACCCGCUCAUCGUCUCUGAGACACAACACAAGCACCCAUCCAGCUACAGACAGGCAGCUUAUCCCUCCCACUCUACUUGGAGAAUGACUGGAGCGGCUCCCACUCCUCCCGGUUGAACUUGUAGAGCUCCUUCCAGAAGGACUCGCUCACCACAGACGUCUUCAUAGACUGAAAUCAAUCCACACAAACAGAGAUAUAGCUCCCGACGCUAAUAUGUAUGUACGCCCAUCGAUAUCUCCCCAAACCUCACUGAUGAGAGCCCGGUGGAGCCCAUUGUCGGGCUUUUGGCGUCGGGAGACAUCUCACCAAACCCAAAUUGUCUGACGCCCUUCUUGGCCGCCGAUGUUCCUCUCCGCGGCCCAGGCGAUGACUGGGUGGUGGCUGGCGUGCCGAGGGACUUAGAGAGGAAGGUGGACCCCUUAAGGUGGCGGUUGUACUCUACCUCGGACGACAUCUUGUUAAUGAGGUGCACUAUCGCCUUGACGUUGCCUCUGUGGUCAUGUAAAGGCGCCACCAUCGACGCUCUGGCACACAGACACAGACGCACAGAAUCACGGAGAGUGUGGGGGGGUGCAGGUGUCAUCUAAUAUAUAGGGGGUCAUGGGAACCUGGUGGAGAUGCCCACAGCGUCGUCGAACUGCUUGUUCUGCAUCCGCACUUCAGUGUCGGCUCGCCGGAUGAUCUUGCGCGACUUGACGGCAGCGGCCAGCAGCGGGUGGGUGCUGAAGGGAAGAGUCAUCCCGAUCGCACUGCAGACAGAUUGACACAUGACACAUGGCACACAACGAGAGAACGGCGCUGCUUGCCUUUUACUGACCCUUUCGGUCCGAAGUAACAUAUGAGGGAAUCAUUUGGGUAAUCAAUCGCAUAGAACGCCACCUGAACAACGCAGGAUUGGCGAUUGUGUCUCGCCGCGUUUUCUGUCCAGAUGUCUGUCUGUCUGUCUGUCUGUCUGUCUGUGUCUCAUUCAGUGACCUCUUGUGCCUUGGUGAGGUUGACGAGGAGUACAAGCAGCUUGAAGACGGUGUGCUCGGCGUCGUUGCUUUCGAGGAACACCCGCCGGUGCAUGUGAAUCAUCACCUGCGACUCACGCAACUCCCGCUGCAGCCUCUCCAACUCCAACGCGCGGAUCAACAAGCCCUGCAGUCACCGAAAGACACAUGCAAUGCACAGAAAUAUCUGCCUCUGCCUGCUGUGUUCACCUGCACGGCCUCUGUGAGUCUGUCCAUGAGCACCACGUCGGCCAGUGCGGGAGCGAAGCACAGGACCACACCUAAUGGCUUGCCGUGCCUUGGGUCCACCAGCCGCCCCGCCAACACAUACACCCGCGGAUGGUCGCGGCUGACCUCCCUCUCGAGCGCCUCACCCUCACCCUCACCCUCGCCCUCCGCCUCCUCUUCUCUCUCGCUGGCGUAUUCCCUGUUGCCGCCUUCGUCCCACCUGACACGACUGGCGUGCACCGUAGGUGACGUGUUGCGACGAUCGCGGGAUGGAGUCACAACCCUGACAGUGAGACAGACGGUGAGUUACAGGCUCUGAGUGGUUGUGUUGUCUGCUUACCCCGCUGGUGGCAUGGUGGAGAAGUCAGGUACAGACUGCCUCUCUUUGGCGGUGGUCAGGUCGGACUGGGAGUCCUCCUCGGGCACCGUCUUCAUCUGGCUCGGUGUGGCGCUCACACACGACAUGCGGCGGGAGUGGUACUCGAAUCGACCGGAGGCCGCGUCGUACACCUGACAAGGCCAUCCAUGCCAUGCACCCACACGUGAUGGAUCGAUUACACAGGCACACCGCCACGCUGACCUGCAGCGGCACAUGACUGGUGGUGGCGCUCGUGGCCCUCGCAGGAGAGGCGGCCGUGAAGUCGGCCAUCAGUGACGCAGAGCUUGAAGACGUGACUGAAGAGGGGACGGGCCCCAUUGCUGGCGACCGCGACUCGUCUGCCCUGUGUGCGGCCGACAGUUUCUCGAUGAGGAAAUGCGAAAGAAGGACAUCCGGCAGCUCCUCCUCCUGCACCGAUGGGGGGUCGUUGAGCACCUCUGUCCACCGGUGCUUGGUGGCGGUGGACGGGGGGGUGGGCUGACCCGUUGGUGGGGUUGUCCACGGCAGCAAAAAUUCCACAAACUGACAACGCAUGGGCAGCCCUGGUGGACCCUGAUAUAGAUAGCAAUUGGUCCCGGCCACGCUUACCCGGGCGCCAGCAGAGUCAUUAAGAAUCGAUCCAGCAAGCCCCUUUGAUGACGAAAAAUGCAAAAUCUGAGAAGAGAAAGGAAACAAGUGAAAUACAUACGCAUGCCCAAUCAUCGUCUCUGUGUGCCUUCCGCUCGCCUCGUGUGGAAUGUCAUAAGUCUGUCCGUGACUCUGCGCAUGGUCUGGCUGAGAUAUCGUUGUCCUUUUCCUCUGGCCAGGCGAGCCGCCGUCCCCCUCCUUCGGCGUUGCGGCGCUGGGCGACUUUGGCGCCUUACCCCGCUGCUUGGCAUGUUCCUGUGCGAGUCGCGGGAGGUCUAUCCAUGUGCCCUCCAAGGGGUAAAACCCUAUUAGCUCGUCAUCCAGAUCGCGGGCGAGACAUAGCACAACGGGGGAGCCGAACAGCUGCAAAUGGCAAGAAAUGGACAAUCCACAGAAUUGGAAGUUGAGACGGGCAGCACGGUUGGCUCACCGUAGAGCAGCAAAAGGAGAAGUGCUGGCAAAACUCGAAUGUUGUCAUGUGGGUACAUUUCGCUGCAGGCACAGCAAUCGUCACACACUGAGGGCUGAUUGAUACUCGGCGUGCUCACCCUCCAUGUGCAUGUGAAUGACAUGCGCCUGCUUGACAUAGGCGGCCUUGAGGGGCAAAGACGGGAUGUCUUGGGAGCUGUGCGGACUCCCCUGAGCUGAACCGACAAGAAACAGACAGAUGAUAUGCAACCAGGAAAUGUCGUAUGUAAUGGGAAGGCAUACAUACAUGGGAAGAGCUCCUCCAAGUGUGCCCGGAACUGUGGCAGAAAAACCAAACCACAGCAUAUCUCUCAUGCCUUCGGCCCGUCCAAUUUCCCUCCGUGCAACCGCCUCACGUGCUGUAUGUCAUCGGCCGAUAUGCUCGAGCCCUUCCGGACGCGAACAUGCUCGCGGCUGGCAGACUGCAUCACACACAACACGCACAAGCACACACAAGAGUGCGACUCCCUCCCCGCGGGUAGCUGCCUACCAUUGUGCCCGUUUCUUGAGGGCCCUCUUCGUGCGUCCGGCUUCACAGCGCCUGCCUUCCGAUCCUCGGUCAAAGCGGGAGCGCUUUCAGU